GCCUCGAAGCCACUCUCGACCGCCAUGGCCUUGCCAUGGCCUCCAACGACCGCGUCCGUCAGCGCGGAAUUACCAUACACCGACCCAUCAUCUAUGGAAACUCUGCAGUAGUCCUCACCCAGAAGGAGCGGGAAACCCUUCCGACCCCGGACCAUACUCAUCGGUGGACCGUCGCGGAUGACCUGACCUAUUUCAUUAAACGGGUGACUUUCAAGCUACAUGACACCUACACGAAUCCUACGCGAGCGCUUGACAAGCCACCGUUCGAGAUCACAGAAACAGGAGUUCGAGAUCCAAAUCCGUAUAAACUUCGUCCCGAGUCCGGCGAGAAGGCCGUCGUCGCCUACCAUCACCUCAAGUUGCACCCCUGGACCGCCGUCGGCUCCGGCGAGCCAGAAAUACCACCUCUUGACCAAGCCAUGAAGAUGGGGCCGGUGCACUCUUGGCAGUACGAUGAGAUUGUUUUCCACGACCCGUUCCAAUCCUUCCUCAACAUCCUCACUGCACACCCGCCCACUCCGCUUCCAAGGCACAAGACGCGACCGGUGCCCUUCCAUACGGCUCACCCGGCGUCACUGGAGGCAUCGAAGGGCGGUGUGCCGGAGUUCACGCUGCAGAUGGAGCGUGAUGAGGCGGAGCGUCUCGAGACUGCGCGGAAGGCUGUCGUGGCUGAGAGUGACAAGUGGAGAGAGCGACUCAUUGAGAAGGAAAAAGAGCUUGAAAAGCUCAAGCGUCUACUCGAGGCUAGGGGCGAUUCAGUCGAUUGAUACGUGAUGCAUAACGGUGUAUAUUAUGUACUGAUAGUGUAGCAAUACAGACCAUGGUACAGCGACG